GCCGAUCUCUCUUAGUUACCGCAAAGUUUGCAUAAAUGGCUUCCGAUUCUGAUUGAUGAGAAAGAAGACCCAAAGAUGAAUUCCAAAAUAUCGGAAAUCGAUCAAAAUAAUCGUACAUCAGCAAUGCACAGCAAUCAUGAAGAAAUGAUAAAAGAAGAACAAUCGACUUUUACUUAUCCAUCCUGUUCCGAAACCUUGGCUCAUCUUCAAUGGUGGAAGGCACAGAAAAAAAAAAUAUUACGCAAACGUCGUAAAAAAACCGACAAAGAUCAACAAAACAAUUUACAAUCUUCAAAUAUUCUGCAAAAAUUACAUGAUGUUGAAAUAAAUAGAAAUAAGGAUCCAAACAAAGUAAUCGCAAUGACGGAUGUGGAUCCAGAGUACUUUACAGAAUUAUCUGGCAGACCCGUAAAAGAAAAGUUUUCAUUAAAACAAUAUAUUGAAAAUUUACGAGAAACACUGAAAAUGAAACAUCUUAUUGGUCAAGAAAAGGACGAUUUCAUUCGCAUCAAUCAACAGUUCGAACAAGAAUCACACCGAUUGCGAAAGAUCCAGUAUUAUAGUGAACGAUACGCAAGUGGCUUCGAAGAAUUCCUAUCAAAAAAUCACGAAAAAAGUAUGAAUAUGCUGAAAAAAGCGGAACAGGAAGUGAAGGUGACAGAAGAAAUCAACAAUAAAAAAAGCGAACUCUUAAAACAAUUUGGUCAACGCAGAUUGGAUGUUUAUUUAUGGGAAGAUGAUUGGAGAACGGUGAAAAUGUGUCAAGUUUUCCUUUUUCGGAUAUCACCUAUCUCUUGGAGACUCAAGCAUGACUGGCUUUUCCAAUUGAAUUCAGAAACUGUUGUUUCCAAUAACGCUACAAAUUUAUUUAACAAAUAUAAAAUGCCAGAAGAAGAAGCUACUUUGGAGGACUUAAUAGAGCUAUUCGAACAGGACGUUCGUGAUGCUGGCCCCACCGAGCUUUAUUUUGAGGAUCCUUUCGAAUUAAUUCACAUUUUUCGAACGAUGGAAACGCAAAAUUUAAACGCACUUGUUCAUCUCGAAUCGCUUGCUGCGCCUAUGGCGGAUAUGACUAUGACUAUUACUGCAACAGAAAUACAGGUCAAACAGGAGAUCGACGAGAUUACUUCAACUAUUAACGAUUUAGAAAAUUCCAUUAGCAAAGCGGAGGAUAGAGCUGCAAACCUUGAAGAACAUGCCGAUUAUCUUCUCCGAAAUGUUUUUCGAUAUCUUGUCUGCUCUGAAGAAGUACUCUAUCUUCAUGUUUUCGUGGAGGAUACUUAUGAGAGUUGCGUGGGUCCAAACGUUGCAAAUCUCGAUAGUUUUUCAAUGAUGAAAUGGAUUGAAAAAAUCCAUGAAGAAUUAAAUCGUCAGUUAGACAAUCUACCUCGUAAAAUUGUCCUGGCUUGCGAAAAGGAAGGAUUCAGACAAGAAACAAAAAUUAUAAAGAAGGCGGAAGAUGCUGCGAGAAAAUUUCAGCUAAUGCACCAAUUAUUGGAUUCGCUGAAACGUAUCAUGGAACCGCCUACGAAAAAGAAGCGACCACUAAAUCGACGUUCGGUGCCUAUUGCAAUGAAAACAAAACCGCCGUCACUUGCGUUGAAACCGACGGACGAAGAGAUUCAAUAUCUCACUUUUUUCACCGAUUAUUGCAAACAUAACGACUUAAUCACGUAUCGUUCCAAGUUGUCAGAUGAUUUUGACUUGAAAUUCUAGAGCAAAUGUAACAAUAUCAAAAUAAAUGCAAUGAGGUUGAAUAAUGAAUUUUUAAAUCAGGAGCAAAAACAUUUAACUAUUGAGAUUGAAGCAAACAAAAAAAGUAGGAGAAAGAAAUUUUGUAAAAAAUAUAUUAACGACAUUCCGAUAAGCAACAUAAUUCGAUUAAUCGCAAACACACAUUGUUUUAUUAAAUUUUUAGAUUAUAAAUGGAAGAAAAUUAAAUUAAUAAAAUUGCACUUUAUUGUAUCUUGUAAUAAUAAUCAUGUUUCCUUAAUAACAAAUACAUUUAUACAUUUAUACAUUUAUAUUCAUAACAAAAACUUUACAAAUAUGAACUUUAAGAAAUAAGCAGUCGAUUCUUUGCAUAUAUAAAUAAAACAUAUUGCUGUAUUGUUUCAUAUUCGAGAAAUAUGAAAGCAAUUAUGUUGCAGUAAUAAUAAUAUAACGAUAAUAGCAUUUACUAAAAUAUUGCUAGAUAAUUUAAGACAUAUGACCACAGAUUUUCCACAUUGACAAACUUCGUUGUUCUCGUUAAUAUGUAUCUUAAAUUUGUGCCACCAUAAAAUUAUAGUUUUUUCAAUUUAUUUACAAAUUUUUACUUACAUUUAUAUACCACUUUCAUAUGAACUUCAUAUUUUCUUUAUCGCAAUGAUAAAAAUGUUCUCAGUCGACUAGCAUUGUCACACAUUUAUAUUUAUGAUAGUUUUAA